UACAUACAUACAUAGUGAAAAUAAAGAUAUAAUAGAAGGAAUGGAUAGAUAAUUACUACAAACCAAUACCUCAACGCUUGUUUCGCCCUCAUUUCAGUGCUUCCAAACCAAAGGAAACUCUCUUGCGGUUUCCUCUCUUUGUCACUCUUCAUCACUUUUAUUUUUUUAUCAGUUUGUGUUUUGUAGGGAGAAAAAAAAAAUGGAAGUUGUUGUAGCGGAAGCGUUGAAACCAAGUUUGAGGACAGAAUCUAUUUUCCAACAAACAAUUUGCGAAGAGAUUUUGUGUUUGAAUGCAAACAACGUUGUUGUCGGAGAAGAUUUUUCUGUCGACGACUUGCUUGAUUUUUCCAACGGUGAAUUUCAGCAUGGUUCUGUCGGAAAAGAAGUUGAUGUUUGCGAGGAAGAAGAAGAGGAAGAACAUGAGAAAAACAGCACCACCUCCGGUUCUGAACAUGAACGAACCGAAGAUGACGACAAUUCAAAUUCCACAACAUUUUCCGGCGCCGGAGACGGCGAGUCUAACUCCAUUUUUGCCGGUGGUUUAGCAGUUCCGGCAGAUGAUGUUGCGGAUUUGGAAUGGGUGUCUCACUUUGUGGACGAUUCUAUACCAGAACUGUCUCUAUUGUAUCCAGUUCAGGCCCGGUCCGAACCGGAACCUAGACCGGGCCCAACCAAUGCUUAUUCCCAACUCUCUAUAAUCCGCAGAAAGCCUAGAACAACCAAGACAAGAAGGCCCAACUGUAACGUGUGGAUUUUCAACCCUAUACUCUAUUCAGCAAAGAAGCAGAGGAAAAAGCCCGAAGCCCAAACGGGUGGGGCUCAUUUUCAACGACGGUGCAGCCACUGCCAUGUUCAGAAAACGCCACAGUGGAGAGCCGGUCCGCUUGGACCGAAAACACUAUGUAACGCUUGUGGUGUUCGGUUUAAGUCCGGUCGGCUUUUCCCGGAGUAUAGACCGGCAUGCAGCCCGACGUUUUCCGGUGAAAUUCAUUCGAACAGCCACCGUAAGGUUUUGGAAAUGAGGCGGAGGAAGGAGGUGGAUGAACCGGUUUCUGGUCUGAACCGGAUUCAAAUGGUCACGAGUUGGUGAAUUUGUUGAGAACGUGAUAGUGGUAACUUGGUAAGGUUAGAUUAGCUGAUUAGAUACUGGUGAACCAACCGGUUUGAACCGGUUUUUUUUGGAGAAAUAGUCAAUGAUUUUAGUGGUAGUGAGUGACUAGUCAGCUAAGGCAGGUAACGGAGAUUAGGAAGAAAGCAUUGAUUGUCUGUGACUGUGUCCCAUUUUCUCAGUGCAGUCAAUUUAUUUAAUUUAAUGUAAUACAACUAGGAUAAGAAUUUUAAAUAUGAGGACAUCUUGGCCAUUUAUUCAAGUUAGGAUUUGAUAUUUUA